AACGUGGAUUCAAGGAUAUUAUUGGAAACUAAAAUUAAUGCCACGACCAAGACGACGACGACUUCUAGUUCAGUUGCACUCAAGCCACUCCUCACAGGAAGUCGAAGUCUUCGCUUGCCAAUUGCAUUUCUUCUCAGCUUCUUGCUGCUUCCGCGAAUGGCCCGAAACCUAGGAGGAUUGCUGGCGCUACUUUUCGCUGUUUCGAUCUGCGGAGCCGUCACGAUUCCCGGCCCCGUCUCCGAUGCUCACCGUUCCGCCGCGUUAGAGCUCUUCGAUGGAUCGUUUUCAAGUUUAGAAGAGGCCUAUGAGGCACUAAGAGUUUUUGAGAUUCUUACGAUUGGGAAUAAGCCUGAUGUGAGCACAACGACUUGCAAGAAAGUAGUGGAAAACCUUGGGUCGUCAUCGCCUGUGAAGGAUUUGUUCUAUGCGUUAAAGGUUAAUGACAUAUUAAAAUGCAAGGUUAAUGGGGAUGUUUUCAAGGAUAUUGCUUUGAGACUUAAAGCCACUGUCAAUGAUGCGAGUACUUUGGUUGAGAUGUACUAUUCAAUAGGAAGUUUGGUUCUUAUAAAGGACCAGGCUUCUGAUGUUGAUGUGCUUCUUACUGAUGCCGAUGGAUCCUUCCAUUCAAUCAAGGCUCUGAGCCAAAGUGAUGGAAGGUGGCGUUAUAGUUCUAAUAAUCCAGAGUCUAGUACCUAUGCUGCUGGAUUAGCACUUGAAGCACUUGCUGGAGUGAUCUCAUUAGCAUCUUCUGAAAUUGAUCAGUCUAGGGUGAAUACAGUGAAAAAUGAUAUAUUGAAGCUUUUCGACAGCAUUGAGAAAUAUGAUGAUGGAACAUUCUAUUUUGAUGAGAAAUUUGUUGGUGGACGUGAGCAUCAGGGUUCUCUUUCCACAACUUCUUCUGUUGUUCGAGGGGUUACAGCAUUUGCUGCUGUAACUUCUGGAAAAAUAAAUCUUCCAGGGGAUAAAAUAUUGGGUUUAGCAAAUUUUUUCCUGGGAAUUGGAAUCCCAGGAGAUGCCAAGGACUUCUUCAAUCAAGUUGAAUCAUUAGCUCUUCUAGAGAACAACAAGGUUUCGAUCCCAUUGGUACUGUCACUUCCUGCAACGGUUUAUUCAUUAUCCAAAAAAGAUCAGCUCAAGGUUAGGGUGAACACUGUACUUGGUUCAGCUGCACCACCUUUAACAGUUAAGCUUGUGCAAGCUUUCCGCUCUAACGCUAAAGAUUCAGCUAUUGAGAGCAAGGAGCUCCAAUAUGAUCAAAAUAAUGGAAUUCAUUUCUUGGAAGCUUUCCCAGACAAUGUAGAUGUGGGAACUUAUGUGUUUGUUUUUGAGAUUGCACUUCACGAUUCUGCUGGUGAAAAAGUUUAUGCUACUGGAGGCCAAAUUCAUGUACCAAUAUAUGUCACUGGCAUUAUUAAAGUCAGCAAUGCUGAAAUUGCUGUUCUUGACAGUGAUCUUGGAAGUGUUGAAACCCAGAAAACGCUAGAUUUGGCUGGAAAUGAUGAUGUUUCACUCUCAGCUAACCACUUGCAAAAGUUGCGCUUUUCUUUCCAGUUGACAACACCUCACGGUCAUGCUUUUAAGCCUCAUCAGGCAUUUUUCAAGUUGAAGCAUGAGACAAAGCAUGAACACAUCUUUGUGGUUGGAAAUACUGGCAGGAAGUUUGAGAUUAUUCUUGAUUUUCUUGGUUUGGUGGAGAAAUUUUAUUACCUCUCUGGCAGAUAUGACAUUGAGCUGACUGUUGGGGAUACUGUCAUGGAGAACUCUUUCUUACGGCUGCUUGGUGAAGUUGAUUUAGAUCUUCCCGAAGCACCUGAGAAGGCAGCCCGUCUUCCUCCACUCCCUGUCGAUCCUUACUCAAGAUAUGGGCCCAAAGCCGAGAUAGCCCACUUAUUCAGGGCUCCAGAAAAGCGACCACCCCAGGAACUCUCUCUUACUUUCUUGGGUUUGAUCCUUCUGCCAUUUAUUGGCUUUUUAGUUGGGCUGUUACGCCUGGGAGUGAACUUGAAGAAUUUUCCUUCUUCAGCUGUACCUGCUACAUAUGCCUUCUUAUUCCAUCUUGGCAUUGCUGCAGUUCUAUUGCUUUAUGUACUUUUCUGGUUGAAGCUGGACUUGUUCACUACACUCAAAACUGUAGGAUUUUUGGGAGCUUUUCUGUUGUUUGUGGGACACAGAAUUCUUUCCCAUCUCGCUUCAACAUCAUCUAAGUUGAAGUCUGCAUGAGUAAAAGGAAGAUUAUCUAUUUAUAAAGACAUGACAUGAUAAUGUGUUUUUCCUUGAAAAAAUGAUACUAAUCCAAUUUUGUAGGACUUUGUUGUACUAGUUCGUAACGAAUUUAGAGCUCAAUUAUAUCAAGAGAAAAGUUUUAUCAUGAUCUCGCCUUAUCUUGAUGAAAGUCAUUGACAUACACCACUAUGCUUGACAUUUUUUUUGGCCCCCAAACACCAUAUGCUAUCAUGGUCCAUAUCAUGUAAUCUCUCCCUACCUACUUACUUCAGCUUCAACUAACGUAUUGCUUUUUAUAGAUAAAUGUUUGUGUAAAGUGUUGUAGUUUUGGGGAUUCUUGUUUACUAUCUACUAAUUUCAGCGAAUUUUAAGGGUGGACAGUUUUGGCCGGUGGAUAUAGAUUUGGCUUAGGCUCCUUUGGGAACACGUGGAUGGAUCGUGUAAAUGCGAUGAAGUGAUUUGUUUCAAGAUGUUCUUCUAAGUUUGCUAUGAUAGUCCUUCCUGUGUGCUCAAAUUGUUGCCAGCACGAACAUGCAGCUAUGAUAAAUUCGAAUCCUGCCCUCCCAAAUCCCCUUCCCUCGCCCCUUAGACCCAAAAUAGAUGUUAUGAUAAAGAAUGUUUGACUUUAAGAAUUAGAUACUACCUAACUAGUUGUAAAGAAUCAUGAUUGGCACAACUAUUUUUGGUAGACUAAAUUUGUGAUUUUAAUUAGUUUAUGUAUUUAAA